CUAACAUCCACCCUCCACCCUCCACCCUCCACCCAUUUCCACCCGCCGAGUUUCAUUUGCGUUUCUGUUGCUGUCGGUUGUCAGUGAUGCCUUGAGUCUCUUUCUGGCUAAACCCAUCGUGUCAAUUGUUCCCUUUCUCUUCAUUCAUUUUAUACCCCAUUCCUCAAUUCCUUAACUUCGUGCUCCCUUUCAUAUGAACUGAAUGUUGGUUGCCUCCCGGCCCUUGCAGUCCUAGACCAGUCGCCCUGCCACCAUGCCCAAGAAUCGACCCGCAACUUCGGGGUAUGCCCGCUUGGCGCAGGAAGAAGAAGACCGAGCCCACGAUCCAUACGAAUACUCAGACGAUGACGACCUCCAACACGACUCCCACACCAUCUCCCAAUCCGCACCACGAUAUGCACCGAUCUCCGCACGAACCGGCCUGGCCUCACCCCCCGAACCGCGACGGAGGCUGAGUGGGCAGUAUCACCGACGGGGACGGAGGAACUCGGGGGUGGACAUUAAAGCCAUCAAUGCGCGCCUCGAGCGGUGGGCCGAAGAAUUCGCUUCCAAAUUCAAGAUCAAUCGAGUCAAGGGAAAGACACUCGAGGAGGAGAAGCUAGAGAUCUACCACUCAGUCUUCCAGGCGCCCGAUGGGGUUCGGCCUGUCACUGCGGAGGUUCUCGAGUCAGACGAGGUCGAAGGUGCUGCGCGGAGAGCUCGAGAGGAGUUCGAAGAGGUGGUGGAGAGUGUCCGGAUCGCCAUUGAGAUGGGGGUCCAUCCCCGAAUGAUCUCCCAGGGCAGUUCGGGUAGUUAUUUCGCGCGGAACAGCGAGGGUAAGGUGGUGGGAGUCUUCAAGCCCAAAGAUGAAGAACCCUAUGCAUCUCGCAACCCGAAAUGGACCAAGUGGAUUCACCGCAACCUGUUCCCAUGCUUCUUCGGUCGAGCUUGUCUCAUUCCCAACCUAUCCUAUGUCUCCGAAGCGGCAGCCUAUGUUCUCGACUCUCGACUGCAAACCAAUCUCGUUCCUUAUACCGAUAUUGUCUGGCUGUCCUCGAAGUCCUUCUUCUACGACUUUUGGGACCGCAGAAAAGCUUGGAUGGGCAAGAAGUCCCUCCCGCCCAAGGCCGGUAGCUUCCAGGUCUUCCUCAAAGGCUACAAGGAUGCAAACCUCUUCCUGCGCGACCACCCUUGGCCCGAUCAAACCAAUACCGGGUUCAGAGCAGAAGAUGCUCCCAAGCGAAAGAAGCGUCCGUGGAAUGAAGCAUGUCGCCCUUCUGGAAUACACUCGGACGAUGAAGACGAAGAAGCGUACCGCGACGGUCAGACGCAAACUCCGUCACCGCGUGAGGAAAGCAGAGAGCGGCGGUUCUACUGGACGGAAAGCCUGAAGCAGUCGUUCAGGGAAGAGCUGGAGAAGCUCGUGAUCCUGGACUACAUCAUGCGCAACACGGACCGAGGUCUCGACAAUUGGAUGAUUAAGAUCGAUUGGAAAACCGAGGAAGUCUCCAUUGUCGCUGAUCCGCCGAAACCCAAUGGCGCGCAGCAGCAGCGGCAAGAAAAUGAUGACGAUGACUUGCCCCCUGCGCGCCCGGUAGCAGUCAAUUCCGACGGAGCGACAACUGCGCCUCAUCCCUACCGGAGACAUGAGUCCAUGCUUGCCGUGAGUCGCACAGGGACUCCCUUGAACGCAACCGAACCUUAUGCAACCAUCCAAAUUGGUGCCAUCGAUAACAGUCUCUCGUGGCCAUGGAAACAUCCCGAUGCGUGGCGGAGUUUCCCAUUCGGCUGGUUGUUUCUGCCCGUAUCUUUGAUCGGCCAACCAUUUUCGCAGAAGACCCGUGACCAUUUCCUACCGCUUCUAACCUCUACUGCCUGGUGGAGCGGCACACAGAUGGCUUUGCGCCGUGUGUUCUCACAAGACGAUGAUUUCAAGGAGAGCAUGUUUGCGAGACAGAUUGCAGUCAUGAAAGGCCAGGCAUGGAAUGUUGUGGAGACACUGAAGCAUCCCGACCAUGGCCCACUUGAACUGACGAGAAGAACGCGCGUCUGUGUCUGGGAUGAUCUUGUGGAUGUGCCGGUUGCUAUCCCCCUCCGCGGCCCCUCCACGGAGGCUCAGAGACGCAAAGUGAAGAGCUACGAAAAUUACGACAAACAUAGCACGUAUGAUCCCGAUAACGAGGAAAUGGAUAUUGGUGCCUCGAUGUCCUUGGGUACAGGUCCUGAGGUCGAUCUGCUUGGACUCAGUUCCCCUCCAAAUGAACUGCCAAACCCCAACCGGUUUGAACUGUCCAGAGGCCGCAGUUCCGCGUCCGGCCAUGGCAGGGCACUCUCGGGUAGCCCAGUCACCAUGGACGACCGGUAUGGCCGCGACAGUAUUGACGAGCUGAGUCAUGGUAGAGACUUGGAACGCAGCUGGGCCACACUCCCACCUCGGCCAGGUCACCGACACCAGAAACACAGCUCCAUCUCCAGUAAUCGCGGCCAAGCGCACCUGCUCUGGAGUAGCGACGAUCUCGAAGGAGAUCUCGGAUAUGCAGCCGCAGAGGGCAUGGAAGGCAACCAACGUAAAGUGAUUGUCGAGCGGCUGGAGGCCGUCAAAAGUAAGAAUCCCGUAAAACAACUACAGAACAAGAAUGGUAAAGCCUCCCCGGAGCCCGAGCUCGAGCCCGCAUCAUCCUCCACUCACCAGGACCCCACCUCCUCCCCCGACGUCGCUGAUUCCCCGCACGACGAAGAAGGACCUCUAUCUUCGCUCCUCUUUUCGACGUUGCAUUGCCCCUCAUCCCCCUCCCUUAACAGCAACACCCUUGGACCAGACACGGAAGACUCAUCGUUCCCAGGAUCCUCGACGAACCCACCUGACUCUUCCUCCACACCCGCCUCGCAGCGCAGUCCUGCCUCGUCCGUGGCGCCGCCGGGUACCGCCUCGGCCGCACAUCUGCUCCUCAACAGCCCGCGCCGGCGCCAGCAGAGAGGGGGCGCCUCGAGAACAAACUCCCUCGCAAACUCGAACAUGACAUCACGGUCUGGGACGCGAACCCCUUCGCUGACGGGGGAUGCGGUGGGCGCUUCGGCGCAGGUACAUCAGGCUGCGCCUACGAUCGAUGUUGAGUUUGCGAGCGCGAGCUCGGACUUUGAAAGCGACGAUCGCACGAGCGUCAAGCGCAGCUCCGAGCACCUCGACGAUGAUGGCCCCGAUGCGCGACAUGGGAGCCUCAUAGAGAAUAUGUACGGGGUGGAAAGACGUGCGAGUCAGCCAAUCAAGAGGGUGAAGGUAGAGAAGGAUCAAGAAAUGAAGGCAGGGCAAACUACAAACUUCUCCGGGACUGGAAACUCGGAACUCGGCGGAUGGAUGAAGGAAGGGCGAGAUCAGGCGGAUUCGUCUUCGUCCACUGCGAAUGUCGUGGACUUGACUACAGAUGUAUCAGCUGCAGCCACCGACGACGACGAGAUACAGGUCACUGGGUCUAAUGAUCUCAGUCUACAGCGGGUAUGUUAUGGGAAGAUUGAGGGGGCGACGGUGCAAGCGCAGUUGGUCCCGAAGCCUUCGACCCAUUCUCUUUUCGCAGAUUCAACGCACGACUGGCCGUCAAUGAAACUCGGGGUGCAUCGGCAAACGCGCGGGAACAACCGCAUUGAAGUUUCUGACCCAAAUGGGAAGAUCUUUGGUGUGAUUGAUGCCAGAACAGCAGCCGUCAUUGUACCGUUACUGGAUUCGCCUGCCGUGAAGGUGGACCUGACUGCGCGGCUGGAUUUUCGACGGAGGAAGGAGGGCGAAUGGCCAUGGGUACCCUGUUCCGAGACCUACCGGGCGUCUAUCAAUCUAUACGGCCUCCGGAAAGAUGCUACGCUGGUCGGCAAGCACCUCGGUCAGCAUAAUUUAUGGCUUACGUCUCCAGUUGCGGUGGAACAAGGUGUGCCAACUCUUAAUCCACACGCUGAGAUGCGGAGGGCCCAGGCUGCGUUCUUGCCGUCCGUGGCCGCCAGGGGUCGUGUAGGGGUCAGCUAUGAGGUGCGAACCGCCGAGGAAGUCAACGACGCAGUGAUGAAAAUGUUCGACCAGCUCCAGAGCAAUGAUAAUCUGCCUGAAAUGGAGCCCCCUUCUGGGCUGCGCACACCUUUGCUUCGUCAUCAGAAGCAGGCACUCUGGUUCAUGACGGAAAAGGAAAAGCCGCGCAGAUUCGGUCCCAACGAAGCAGACAACAAUUCGCUAUGGCGAAGGGAUUAUCGGUCCGGCGGCAGGAGGAAAUACCGCGAAAUCAUCAGUGGCACGGUGCUCGACGAGGAGCCCCCGCAAAGCCUGGGUGGACUGUUGGCAGAUAUGAUGGGUCUCGGCAAGACGUUGAGUAUUCUCUCGCUGGUUCUGACUUCGUUGGGAGAGUCUAUCAAUUGGGUGAAGCAAGUUCCAGAUCCCGCGCUGGUCAAGAGCCUCCCUGGCAUCCGCAAUACUAAGACUACGCUGCUGGUGGCGCCUCUCAGCGCGGUCAACAACUGGGUGGCGCAGAUCAAGGAGCAUCUCGAAGAGGACGCAAUCUCAUACUACGUCUUCCAUGGCUCGUCUCGGACCAACGAUGUGGAAGAGUUGUCCAAGUACGAUCUAGUCAUCACGACGUACAGCAUUGUCCUCAGCGAACUGUCGGGGAGGGGAGCGAAACGGGGGGUGAGUCCGUUGACCAAGAUGAACAUGUUCCGGAUCGUUCUAGACGAAGCCCAUACCAUCCGCGAACAGAGCGCAGCCCAGACUCAGGCCAUCCUCAGGCUGAACUCGCAGCGUCGCUGGUCCGUGACCGGCACACCCAUCCAAAAUCGCCUGGAGGAUCUGCUCUCCGUGACGAAAUUCCUCGGUCUUUACCCUUACGACGAUCGGGGUCGCUUUAAUAUGUACAUCCUGAGUCGCUUCAAGACAGGCGAUGCUACCGUGCUAGCCAGUUUGCGCGUGCUUGUGGAUUCGUUCACGCUGCGUCGAGUCAAGGACAAGAUUGAUCUGCCCCCGCGACAGGACAUGAUCGUCAUGCUGAACUUCACCGAAAAGGAACGUCAGCUGCACGAGUUCUUCCGCAGGGAGUCGAAUGUGAUGAUGCGGGUGAUUGCCGGCGAAGAGAAAUCGAAGAUGAAAGGGCGAAUGUACCACCACAUUCUGAAAGCCAUGAUGAUCCUGCGCCAAGUCAGCGCCCACGGCAAGGAGCUUCUAGAUCCGGACGACCGCAAGCGGAUCAAGGGGCUGAGCGUGCAGGAUGCGAUUGACCUGGAAGAGGGAGCGGGCGGCGAUAGCAGCGGCGCAACCGACAAGAAGUCCUACGAGAUGUUCACGCUGAUGCAGGAGUCGUCGGCCGACACUUGUGCCACGUGCGGCAAGCGGCUCGAGGAGCCCAGCGCUGACAACGGGGCCGUCGACCGCCAAGCGGCCGUGGCCAUUGUACUUCCCUGCUUCGACGUGCUCUGCCCGGACUGCUUCUCCGGAUGGACCCAGGCGUUCGAACAAGCGCAAAUGAGCCACUCCCCGAACCUCCGGUGCCAGGUCUGCGACGGCUGGAUCCCAGCCUCGUACUCCAUUAUCACCGUGGGCGGGCUCCAAGACUACCUGGUGGACCAGGCACGGGCGAAACAGAGCCGCAAGCAUGUGAAGCAGCUGGGCGAGUACGAAGGCCCGCACACCAAGACCAACGCGCUGGUGGCGCAGCUGCUCGCCACGGCGGAGGAGAGCGAGAGCCAGAACCAGAAUCAGAGCCAGGGCGAGUCGCAGCGGCCGUACAAGAGCGUGGUGUUCUCGGCGUGGACGUCGCACCUGGACCUGAUCGAGAUCGCGCUGCGCGACAACGGGCUGACGGGGUUCACGCGGCUGGACGGGACGAUGACGCUGGCGGCGCGCAACAAGGCGCUCGAGGAGUUCCAGCACAACGACGCGAUCACGGUGCUACUGGCGACGAUCGGGGCGGGCGGCGUGGGGCUGAAUUUGACCUCGGCGUCCAAGGUGUACAUCAUGGAGCCGCAGUACAACCCGGCGGCGGUGGCGCAGGCGGUCGACCGCGUGCACCGCAUCGGCCAGACGCGGCCGGUAACGACGGUGCAGUUCAUCAUGGCGGACAGCAUCGAGGAGAAGAUCUUUGAGCUGGCCAAGAAGAAGCAGCAGCUGGCGGAUCUGAGCAUGAACCGGGGGAAGUUGGAUAAGCGGGAGGUGCAGGAGCAGCGGAUGCGCGAAUACCGGAGUUUAUUCAAGUGAUUUUUUUUUGUUGUUUUUUCGUUCUAUACCCGGUGGGUUGGAUGGUUCAAGGAAGGGAAGGGUGUCAUUUACUGGCGUUUUUUUUAAUGGGUUAUUCAUUUUGGCGUGCGCGUCAACGAGGACGGACAGAUUUACAGCACGAUAUACACUGACACAAAAAGAGAGAGAGACAACAAGGCUACACAGCACCGACGAACAUCGACGAACAUCGACGAAGACAGACAUAUAGAAGGCAUGGUCAACGUCUUUGUUUUUGCUUUCGCUUUUGCUUGGACGAGAGACAAAGCACUUAGAUCUGCAAUCCAGUACCUAAUAACUUCC